GCGGACGUCAAAACCGGUGGCCUCCGUGUGUAUAAGACGGUGUCAGCGAUCAAAAGAAAUCAUCAGCUUCCUUCACUGAGGAGUGCAGACAGACAAGUACAGACGCCAUGCUGAGACAGGCUUUAGCUAUCCUGCUGAUCGCAGCUGCCGCCAGUGCCUCAUAUCCGAAGAGGACAGUGCUGUUCCAAGACCCUGCUGCCUGGACCGGAGAACAUAAGUGCUGCAUGGGUGUCUUCAACACGCCCCACCGCUACCUCGGAGCGUACAAGGUGACGGCCCUGUACUUCAGCAGCCACGUGCGCAACUACGCGACGCUGGAGAUCGGCCCUGAGCAGCAGGACAUCAGGAUCACCAUGAGCGAGUAUCCCCAUGGCGGGGACUCCUGGAGGACAGUGGCCACCGGCAACUACUCGGGAGUUGCUGAGCCGACGCAGCUGCUGAGGAUCCCCAUCACCUACGAGACCGACCCCAAUGCCUCCUACCUGUUCGAAAUUCGGUACCUUGGAUCCCUCACCUACCCCAGCUACGGUGACAUCGAUGUGUCUGCGGGACCCUACAAUGGUACGCACAACAUGUUCAUACUUGGUAUUGACUACGAGAACCCCUGAAGAGACAAACACCUGACUUCAGUAGCUACAUUUAGUGUCAACUUACCUGUUUAAAAUAAAAUGUGUUACUAAUA